ACCACUACACUAUCCCACACACCCUACACACACUCUCUCUCUCUCUCUCCUCCACCACACCACAGCAUAGCACAAACCCCCCACACACACACACACCACCACCACCACCACCUUAUACAUUGCCUAUGGAGCAGGUCAUUCCCAGCUCGGACGAGUUCCUCCCUGUCCUCUUCAUGGCCAAGAAGCAGAACCCAUCGUUUGGAAGGAAACGGCUCGCCAAGUUUCUUCAGCUGACGUACCCGCACUGGAAGGUGACGGAGAAGCGGGUUGGACGGCUGCUGAAAAAGUACAACCUCACCAUCACAUCGGGGCAAAAGAAACCGGUGCCGCGGCCGGGGCUGAUGUCGCGACAAGGCCUGUGCAUCUUGCGGGAGCGGGACGAGUUUGGCCGGUGCAUUGAGGCCUCUCAGUUCUUCAAGACCCUGCCGACGGUGGCAGCAUUGGCGGAUGAUCUGGCAUGGAUGGUGACUCAUCCGAACGAGUCGCAUUGGCUUCCCAUUCUGGUGCGGCACUCGGACGAGCUGUUUGACUCGACCGACGGCCUCAAGGCGCUCCGUGCUGCGCGCGAGCACUUCCAGGCCUCCAACCCGCACCUCGCGCAGCAGUGCUACCACGCACAGCUGCUUCUGGCGGCCACCGCCCGCGAUGGUGUGUACCACCAUUCCAACAAGCCGUCGGCCCACGAUGACCUGAUGGCCAAGAUGCGCACGCAGCACGGCGGAUCGUCAUCGCGCGACGAGUCGACUGCGGCUGUUGAGGUCCGCAAGAACCACGCCAAGCGCCGCGAGCUCAAGAAGAAGAUGGCCGAGACCAAGGCCGAUCUCAACGCCAACAACGCCGUCGUCGGCGUUGGCAAGGCAUCCAAGCAGGACGGCGACGGCGACGCCACCCCUGCCGUCCCCACUGACGCGCCCAAAGCCUCGGCUGGAUCCGUCCAUGCCCGUGACUCGUUUGCCGAUCCGGAGCUUGAUCUCCCGGUCGACUAAGCGUGUAAAGGUGUAAAGCCCCAAGCCGCCGA